GCUGGUCUUUGAAUCCAUAUGCUUUUCUGGUGAAACAGUGAUUCUUUCUUUAACUUUCCCCUUGUAGCUGACCUGAACAAUGUCAGAUUCUCGGCUUACAGAACUGCCAUGAAACUUCGAAGACUGCAGAAAGCCCUCUGCUUGGAUCUACUGAGUCUGUCUGCUGCAUGUGAUGCCUUGGACCAGCACAACCUCAAACAGAAUGACCAGUCGAUGGAUAUCCUUCAGAUCAUUAACUGCUUGACCACCAUUUAUGAUCGACUAGAACAAGAGCACAAUAACCUGGUCAACGUCCCUCUUUGUGUGGACAUGUGCCUCAACUGGCUGUUGAAUGUCUAUGACACGGGUCGAACAGGAAGGAUCCGUGUCUUAUCUUUUAAAACCGGUGUAGUUUCCCUGUGUAAAGCACAUUUGGAAGAUAAGUACAGAUACCUAUUCAAGCAGGUAGCAAGUUCCACUGGAUUCUGUGACCAGCGCCGACUGGGCCUUCUCCUGCAUGACUCCAUCCAGAUCCCACGACAGCUGGGCGAAGUUGCAUCAUUUGGUGGCAGUAACAUUGAACCUAGUGUUAGGAGCUGCUUCCAGUUUGCCAAUAACAAGCCAGAAAUUGAAGCAGCCCUGUUCUUGGAUUGGAUGAGGCUGGAACCACAGUCCAUGGUAUGGCUGCCAGUGUUGCACAGGGUGGCUGCUGCUGAAACUGCCAAACACCAAGCUAAGUGUAACAUCUGUAAGGAGUGUCCCAUUAUUGGAUUCAGGUACAGAAGCUUAAAGCACUUUAAUUAUGACAUCUGCCAAAGCUGUUUCUUUUCUGGCCGAGUGGCAAAAGGCCAUAAAAUGCACUAUCCAAUGGUGGAGUACUGCACACCGACAACUUCAGGAGAAGAUGUCCGCGACUUUGCCAAGGUACUGAAAAACAAAUUCCGAACAAAACGGUAUUUUGCAAAGCACCCAAGAAUGGGCUAUCUGCCUGUGCAAACUGUCUUGGAGGGAGACAACAUGGAAACUCCUGUUACUCUGAUCAACUUCUGGCCAGUAGAUUCUGCGCCUGCCUCGUCCCCUCAGCUUUCACAUGAUGAUACUCAUUCACGCAUUGAGCAUUAUGCUAGCAGGCUAGCAGAAAUGGAGAACAGCAAUGGAUCUUACCUAAAUGACAGUAUUUCUCCUAAUGAGAGCAUAGAUGAUGAACAUUUGUUAAUCCAGCACUACUGCCAAAGUUUGAACCAGGAAUCCCCGCUGAGCCAGCCUCGCAGUCCUGCCCAGAUUCUGAUUUCCCUGGAGAGUGAAGAAAGAGGUGAGCUAGAGAGAAUCCUAGCAGAUCUGGAGGAAGAAAACAGAAACCUGCAGGCUGAAUAUGACCGACUGAAGCAACAACAUGAUAACAAAGGACUUUCUCCACUGCCAUCCCCCCCUGAGAUGAUGCCCAUCUCCCCCCAAAGUCCUCGUGAUGCUGAGCUCAUUGCAGAAGCCAAGCUGCUUCGACAGCACAAGGGCCGCCUGGAAGCCAGGAUGCAGAUUCUGGAGGAUCACAACAAACAGCUGGAGUCACAGCUGCACCGGCUGAGGCAGCUGCUGGAACAGCCCCAGGCAGAUUCCAAGGUGAAUGGUACAACACUGUCUUCUCCUUCUACCUCCUUACAGAGGUCAGACAGCAGUCAGCCAAUGCUUCUCCGCGUAGUCGGCAGCCAGACUUCAGAAACCAUGGGUGAGGAUGACCUGCUCAGCCCUCCCCAGGACACAAGCACAGGGCUGGAGGAGGUGAUGGAACAGCUUAACAAUUCCUUCCCAAGUACAAGAGGAAGAAAUGCCCCCGGAAAGCCAGUAAGAGAGGCCACAAUGUAGGGAGCCUUUUCCACAUGGCAGAUGACUUGGGCAGAGCAAUGGAAACCUUAGUUACAGUGAUGACUGAUGACAAGGCAUUAGAAUAGCAAGAUGUGUUUUACAACUUCAGGCGUCCCGCAUGGUUUUUAUAAAAUUCAUACAACAAAGAGGAUUAGACUGUAAGAGUUUACAAGAAAACAAAUCUAUAUUUUUGUGAAGAGUAGUGGUACUAUACUGUAGAUUUCAGUAGUUUCCUAAGUCUGUUAUUGUUUUGUUAACAAUGGCAGGUUUUACACGUCUAUGCAAUUGUACAAAAUUAUAAGAAAACUACAUGUAAAAUCUUGAUAGCUAAAUAACUUGCCAUUUCUUUAUAUGGAACGCAUUUCGGGUUGUUUAAAAACAUUUAUAACAGUUAUAAAGAAAGAUUGUAAACUAAAGUGUGCUUUAUAAAAAAAUAAUUGUUUAUAGAAACCCCCUUUAAAAAAAAAAACAAAAAAAUGGAGGCAAUGCAUUUAUUUAGUAUCAUUUCAGCUCUGUAACUGUACCAGAGAUGUAUUCAUGUUCUGUGUUCUUUUCCCUGCUUAGCAAAGGAAGUAUUUUCUGCAGCAACACCAAAACAACUGACUUACCUUUCACGUUGUUUUUUGUCUGACUAAGGUUGGCUUAAAAAAAACAUCUUAACUUCCAACUGAGGUCGUUUUUCCACCUCUUUCCAGAUAAAAUUAAGGAUUACAUGAAUCAUCCAGCUAGUCUGCAAUAAUGAAAUGAAAGAGCACAUUACAUGACAAUGCUCUCUUCAGAGCUUGCAAAAAUAAAUUGUAAAUCUCAUUAAUAUCCUAUACUCCAGCUGUUUCUUCUGCCGACUAAAAUCCUGAAUGUUGUAGUAAAGAAACAUGGGAAUUGCCUUACCGGAUUAAACCUUUGGACCUUAUUGUCCGGUACCCUGCCUCUGGCAGCGCCAGCACAUGAUGUUUCAGCAGAAGUUUGAUAUGCUUCCUCCCCACCCAUAAUGCCACCUUUCUGAGAUGCUGUAGGUGGAGGGAAGGAGAUUCCUUACUGACUCCCUGCUGUUGAUCAGCUUCUGUCUAGAAGCAUGAAGUGAUUGUUCAUAUAUCAUCAUAGAUUGCAUAGCUACCAAUGUUAUUAAUGAUCAUAAAGUUACCCAAUCUUUGGGUGGGGAGGUGAACACAUCCACAAUAUCUAUCUCAACCCCUUGUGGCAGCAAGUUCCAAGGAGUCACAGUGUUUAAAGCUUUGGGGGGCAGUGUAAAAGAAUUACUACUGUUCCUGUAUGAUAAGCAGUUGAAGGUGCCACACUGUUCCAUGAAAUGUUCAUCAGCAAAACAAGGUUCUUCCCCCUCCCCCACCCUUGUCCCCUCAGUAUUUUGUUCUUCCCCAUUUUUUCUGCAAGUAAUACCGCACAAUUCACAAUGACUUGGGAGAGGGAGAAGAGAAAAUAGGUUAAACGGUUCAACAGCAACUCAUUAGGGUAGGUUGGGGUAUGAGGUGCUGUUAGCAAAAGCUUUACCAUUUCAUUUUCUUUUAUCAGCUUUUAAUUUCCUUUUAUAACACAUAGAAAUACACCAUCUGACUUACAUUACUUUGCAAGGGUAAAAAUCUGUUACCUCUUCUUGUACGAAGUGUAAUUAAAAGUUGAGAGAGAUUUUAUUUUAUUUUGAAUGCUAGUUAACAUUGAACAUGGCUAGUCAUGCUAUUUCUACCUCACUUUGGUUUUGUGGUGUUCCUGACAAUUACGUACAGAUGUUACAUUGUCACCACUUGUCCAUUGUGUGAACCGGUCUCAUCAUUUAAUACUAAUACAUUAAAAAGAAACCCAGAUCACUUUCAUGAUAAAGAGCUCUUUAAAAGCUUUAUUUACAGUGGGUACCCUGUUUGCUUCUGAUUGCCUUUCUUCAGGAAAGUUCAAAUCAAGAUCUAAGGGAAUGGAUUUGUUUUUCUUUUUUUCUUUUGUGCUUGUAAGUUAAACCUCUUUAAAAAAUCAGAGGUAAAUGGCUUGCACGAUUGUUUUCAUCAGGGUUUUAUUUUGGUUGGUUUUUACUUUCUAGACAUUAGUUUUGGAGUGAAUCUGUUAAAAAUAUUUAAAAAGUUGAGAGCUUUAUUGCUGCUUUUUAAGCAUAAUUUGGGAAUUAUUUCAUGUUCUUUAUAACCACAAAGUAUUAAACUGUAAAACAUAAUCAUUGUAACUGACUACAUAAAUAUCAUAUGGCAUGUUAUUUCAUUGUUACUCAGUACUGGUUUAUUCCUUGGGUAUCAUAAAAUAUUGUGUUUUAACACCAACACUGUAACAUUUACUAAUUUUUUUAUAAACUUCAGUUUUACUGCAUUUUUCACAACAUAUCAAAUUUCACCAAAUAUAUGCCUUACUAUUGUAUUAUAUACUGCUUUACUGUGUAUAUCAAUAAAGCACGCAAUUAUGUUAUUAA